UUUCAAGCCAAUUGUUCAUGAUAUGACCCAGCUGGCUUACAGAGAUCAACAACCCCCUUGUGAACAAUGGUUAAAAACGGAUCAUCUCAACUGGAUGUUUUGACUCUGGCAAUGCUCCAGAAUAAAACUAUCUCUAUCACCCUCCCAGUUGUGUAUACAAUGGUGGCUCUGAUCAGCAUCCCUGGCAACUUGUUCUCCCUUUGGGUGCUCUGCUGGCACAUCAAACCCAAAACACCUUCUGUUAUCUUCAUGAUCAACCUAAGCAUCACGGAUCUCAUGCUGGCAAGCUGCUUUCCCUUUCAGAUUUAUUAUCACAUCCAAAGCAAUCACUGGGUCUUUGGCAAGACACUUUGCAGCCUUGUGACUGUGAUGUUCUACUCCAACAUGUAUUCUUCCAUACUGACCAUGACCUUUAUCAGCAUCGAACGAUACUUGGGUGUUGUAUACCCCAUGAAGUUGGUCAAGUGGAGAAGAAAAAGAUAUGCCUUGGCUGCCUGCCUAGGGAUGUGGUUUUUCUUGCUACUAGCUUUCUACCCACUAGAAAGCACAGAUCUGACCUAUGAAGUGAAAGAAUUGGGGAUUGUAACCUGUUUUGAUGUCCUAAAAUGGGAUAUGCUGCCCAACUUUGCAGCCUGGGUAGCCUUUCUCCUCACCCUAUUUGUCGUGCUCUUCCUAAUCCCUUUUGUUGUAACAGUUGGAUGCUACAUUGGCAUCAUUCGGAAGCUAAUUCAGACAUCAAAUAGAUAUGCUAACAAGCAGAAGACGAGAUCCAUAUACCUGGCAGUGAUUGUCCUUCUGGUAUUCGUCACUUGCUUUGCCCCCAAUAACUUUAUUCUAUUAGGGCAUAUGAUCAGCCGCCUAUUUUAUAGCAAGAGUUUGUACCCUGCCUACAAGCUCACCUUGUGCCUCAGUUGCCUCAACAACUGCAUAGACCCCUUCAUUUAUUAUUUUGCAUCCAAAGAAUUUUACCAGAAAUUCAUGCAAGUGUUUCGUCCUAAUGUACUGCUCAGUGACAGCUUUGAAAACAGAAGGGGAAGUUUAUUCUCUGGCAGGACCAUGUCAGCCAGGUCAAUGUCAAGUGGACCUAUGGAUGAGUUAGAGGGAGCAAGAGCCUAUUUGCAAGGGCAGGAAAGCAUUUUUUAGCCUUAGACAUCCCUGAAGCCACCAGUGAGAUUAAUGAGCAGACACAGAAAACAUUUCCAUUUGAAUGGCUACCCUCAAAAUACCUUGCUCCAGCGACAGAACUCAAGCCAUG